CCUGCUUUCUGUGGUUUCCGUUUCCCGUGGUCAGCUGCAGUCCAAAACUAUUACAUGGAAAGUUCCAGAAACAAGUGAUUCACAGGUUUUCCACUGGGUGUAACUCUGAGUUGUGUGAUGCAAUCUCCGGAGUCCUGCUCCGUCCCACCUGGGCCCUGACUCAUCCCUCUGGCCAGGUCUCCCGCUGCACCGCUCCCUGCAGCUAGUCACUGAGCGGCGGCGUCUCGGUCAUCAGAUUCGCUGUCAUGAUAGUGGUGUUGUGUUGGUCUCCCUUACCUACUAAUAACGGCCCCGAAGCGCAGGGGCGCUGCUGGCGAUGCGGACGUGCCCAGAGCAGCCGUGGAGUGCUCCCUUAAGUGACGAGGGGAAAGUUCUUAAGAAUAAAAGUUGUAUGGUGAGGUGGCUAAGGUCUGUAAGAAGAAUUCUGCCCCUGAGAUUGCUCAGUGUGUGGAUUAAACUCGAGCGGAGGCUGUGAGAUUUACUCUGAUUCUGGGAACCACGCCUCCAUGAUCCAAGGGAUUCGGAACAGCCGGGUGCCCAAGUACGUCUUCCGCCACAAUGACGUCGGUCACCUCAGGGAGCUGCUGCAGAGGUCCGACCCCCAGGUCCCCAAGAUCGUGGCGUUCGAAACCGUCCACUCCAUGGACGGCGCGGUGUGCCCGCUGGAAGAGCUGUGUGACGUGGCCCACGAGUUCGGGGCGAUCACCUUCGUGGACGAGGUCCAUGCGGUGGGGCUGUACGGGGCCCAAGGCGGAGGGAUUGGCGACCGGGACGGAGUUAUGCCAAAGAUGGACAUCAUUUCUGGAACGCUCGGCAAGGCCUUCGGCUGCGUGGGCGGGUACAUCGCCAGCACCAGCGCCUUGAUCGACACCGUGCGCUCCUACGCGGCCGGCUUCAUCUUCACCACCUCCCUGCCGCCCAUGCUGCUGGCCGGGGCCCUGGAGUCCGUGCGCAUCCUCAAGAGCGCCGAGGGGCGGGCGCUGCGCCGCCAGCACCAGCGCAACGUCAAGCUGCUGCGGCAGAUGCUCAUGGACGCCGGCCUGCCCGUGGUGCACUGCCCCAGCCACAUCAUCCCUGUCCGGGUGGCAGAUGCUGCUAAAAACACCGAGGUCUGUGACGAGCUCAUGAGCAGACACAACAUCUACGUGCAAGCCAUCAACUACCCCACGGUGCCCCGGGGGGAGGAGCUGCUGCGGAUCGCCCCCACCCCGCACCACACCCCCCAGAUGAUGGACUACUUCCUGGAGUGUCUGCUGGCCACGUGGAAGCGCGUGGGGCUGGACCUGAAGCCACAUUCCUCGGCCGAGUGCAACUUCUGCAGGAGGCCGCUGCACUUUGAGGCGAUGAGCGAGCGCGAGCGAUCCUACUUCUCCGGCCUGAGCAAGCUGGUCUCCGCGCAGGCCUGAGUGUCCUGAGCCCGGCCCGCUGCCCGCUGUCCCUCCCACAUAGCCUCCAGUGUCGUCUGUCUGCGUGGACUAAAUUAUUAAAUUUUAAUCUAUAGCGAAGGCACAGUCCUGAAAAUAAAUUCUUGUUUACGUGCUGGGUC